UGUUCCCGAUGAUGAGCUCAGGAGCUCCUAUCAGUGAAUAUCCAUUUGUCAGGACUGGACUCUUGGGUUUUGUUGGCCCUGGUGGAAUGGUCUUUGUUGUGGGGAAAAUGGAUGGCCUGAUGGUGGUCAGUGGGCGGCGACACAAUGCAGAUGACAUCGUGGCAACAGCGCUUGCAGUGGAACCAAUGAAGUUUGUCUACAGAGGAAGAAUAGCUGUGUUUUCUAUAAAUGUUUUGCAUGAUGAGAGGAUCGUAAUCAUUGCUGAACAGAGACCAGAUUCUACUGAGGAAGAUAGCUUUCAGUGGAUGAGUAGAGUCCUUCAGGCCAUUGAUGGUAUUCAUCAAGUAGGGGUUUACUGUUUGGCUCUCGUACCUGCUAAUACUCUUCCAAAAACUCCCCUUGGAGGCAUACACCUCUCAGAAACCAAACAGUGCUUCUUAGAAGGUUCCCUCCACCCAUGCAAUGUGCUAAUGUGUCCGCACACUUGUGUAACGAACCUGCCCAAGCCAAGGCAGAAGCAACCAGAGAUUGGUCCUGCUUCUGUUAUGGUUGGAAAUCUGGUUUCAGGAAAGAGGAUUGCCCAAGCUAGUGGAAGGGAUUUAGGACAAAUUGAAGACAAUGACCAGGGUAGAAAGUUUAUGUUUCUUGCUGAAGUUUUACAAUGGCGUGCUCAAACUACUCCUGACCACGUACUUUUCACAUUACUGAACUCUAGGGGUACAAUAGCCAAUUCAUUAACAUGCCUUCAGCUACAUAAACGAGCUGAGAAAAUAGCAGUUAUGUUGAUGGAGAGGGGCCACCUACAGGAUGGAGAUCAUGUGGCUUUAGUUUAUCCACCAGGAAUAGACUUAAUUGCAGCAUUUUAUGGAUGCCUGUAUGCAGGUUGUGUGCCAAUAACUGUCCGUCCUCCACACCCUCAGAAUAUUGCUACCACGUUACCCACGGUGAAGAUGAUUGUGGAGGUCAGCAGAUCAGCAUGUAUAAUGACAUCGCAAUUGGUAGUAAAACUUCUAAGGUCACGAGAAGCAGGAGCAGCAGUUGACAUAAGAACAUGGCCUCCUGUUUUAGACACAGGUAGGAAAUGUGGACUCAGAAACUAAGUGCA